AUGUCAACAAAAUCGUACUUUUGGACGUUGGCACAUCAAUUGAAAAGCCAUGAGUUUAAAACAGCGGGAGAGUAUACUCUAGCGCUCGAGAACUUGAAUAAUUAUCGUCCCCAGUUGACAGAAGAGGACCCCGAUCAGCCUAUGGAGCCCCAGCUGGCACACGAUUCAUGUGAAAUCCAAGACCGUAUUGAUGGGCUAUGGCACUACUGCGAACACCACGGAUUAUGCGAAAAGUACAAGGACCGCAUUGAGCGCUUACUGGCAGACAUCGAAUCAAGUGGGGUUCAGCUGCGAAACCUGCUAGAACUAGAGACUCGUAUGACAAUUGCGGAAAAAAACAACGAGCCGAGAUCGUACGGUGAGGCACAAAAGGUUAUUAUGCAACUAGAACAAGAACUAAAAGCCAAACGGCAUCAAAUGUCCCAGACUCAGCUCGCAAUUUGA